UCAGAGAAGCCAUGUCUAGCCAGCCGUCAGGGUUCCCAGUGGUGGUGGCAGGAGAGGCAUCAGAGUCAGAGGAGUCAGACGGGGAGGUGGCAGCCAUACUGGAGGGGGGUCCGGGCAGGGGGGGCAUGUCAGAUUCUAGCCAGAAGGCAGGAGUGGUUGUGAGUGGGGAGGCGUCAGAGACUGAUGAUGAUGAUGACGAUGAGUCUGAUACAGAACAGGGGACAAAGGUGCUGCCAACAGACAAGCAGCAGCAGCCGGCAACAGCAGAGGCAACAGCAGAGGGUGGAGGACAGCCUCAAGUGGGAAAACCAGAAAUAGAGAAAAUUCCUCCAAAGUACAACACAUUGCUGCACAAGAAACUAGAUGAGAGGAACAGAAGUCUGAAGAAGAAUAUCAGAGAAUUUCUGUCAGUUUCCUAUCACCAUGGCAACAGGACCAUACACACCUCCACAGAACAUCUCAUUAAGUCUAAAGCAGCACUACAGGAUGUGACCCAUAACCUGAGUGUGAUCCAGAGAGACCUGGUGAGUCUGCAGGAGAAGGUGGACAUCAUCUCUACAUGUAACCUGCUGCCUCAACUGACUGUCCCUUCACGCCACACAGCUGCACCGUCCAGUUAGCACUAGUACUGAUUUUGCCUGGUUAACCGAGUCCCGAGUCUUUAUCCUCUCAGCAAAUAGCAGAUAAAGACUUGGGAGCUAAAAUAGGCCUGGUAACCAGGCUAGUAAUGAAAUAAAAGUAAACUUUAACUGCCACUACAAUGAAACUUUUCCCAAAUUUUUGGCUGACUCAGUCAACCUUGUUCACGGAUCCAGAAUGGACCCGUCUACUCUUGGAACGUGCUGUCAGAGACACGUGACCAUAAUAGUAUUGGGUCAUAUGUGCAAGAUAACUUGUGUCGCCCCCGUCUCUGUUCAGGGUAGGUCUGUGAGCUCUUACAUGUAUGUAGACAAGAUUCAGCUGAAGACAAUGAUUUUGUAAAAAUAAUAACAUACACAAUAAGGCUUAGUAGUCACCACUUGGACUGGGUUGCAUUUAAUCUUACGUACCACCAGCAUGAAUUAUUUCCAGAGGCAUGACGACUCUUGUUCCAUAAACAAAUCAGAUUUGAAUGAACUGUUGAAAUACAGACUAUUGUACAUUUUUUGCACAAUAUUUUACCUUCUGGAUAAUAAAAAUGGUCCCAAUCAAAUAGUUU